GAACUGAAGCCCUCGGAACUUCAUGGUAAAUACUGUGCCAAUCAUCCGGUUUCCCUGUUCGAUGGAAUUUUUACAGCCGCACCUCCAAGAUCUAAGCCACUUGAACGUAAAACACGAGGCAGAAUUAGAAGCAUCAGUGAGAAUAUGAUGGAUGAAUCUACUCGAGAGAAUUCAAUAAAAUAUGGGAAAAUUGGCCAAUGGAUUUCAGAGAGCCGUGCCAGACGUCAGGAAUCCAAGGCAGAGAGAGAGCUGAGUAGAUCUAUAAAUCAGCGAUUUCAAAAAUCGGGAGUUUCUAGCAUUUCUCCAACUUCUACCUCUCCUCACACUUCUUUAAUUCCAAGAAAGGAAGCAGAAGCAGAUAAAGAUUGGAUGACUGAAGGUGGACCAUUUAUAGCUAUGGAUAGACGUUUGGCUGAACGAAUACAACAGUGGAAGCAAGGCAAUGCCGGUGAAGUAUUCGUCACCAGUGAACGUCUACCCAUGCCAAGUUAUCUAAUUGGCUACGUACUCAAUAGUCGCGGAACUUGUGAAGAGAUUCUUGAAAUUCACUCCUUAGAAAUACGCGUUCGUGCAGCUACAGGUGUAAAAAUUAAGUACCCAGCCAAUGAAGGACUUAUCACAAAUAUUGAGCCACCAAAAAAUAAGCGCUUCCGUGAAAUUUUAUCGUUGGGAGUGAAACAAACCAAUCAAAAGAGACGCUAUGUCAGUGGUGGUGGUGGUGGUGAAAGGAAUAGCCCGGAUGCGGGCAGCCCGAGGCUCAAGUCUCCGAUGUCUGCGGAUUCUACAACUGGUCAAAGGAGAAGAUCCGCUUCUUCAUUGGGUUUGCUGACUGAUACUACGGUCAGCAGUAGUUCGGAUUAUUUGGAAAUCUCGACGCAAAAAUUAGCUGCUAAACCACUCCGUUUUUCUUUCUCACGAUGCCAUACGUUAACAGAAGUAUUUGAAACUAUCUGCAAGUACUAUGUUGAUUAUUAUGGACGUGAUCUCAACAGUGACAAUACUCGUAUGUGGUUUGUUAUUUCGUCAAUCUUUUCUGAAACACCCACGAGAUCAAGAACUUCUACAACUGCAAAAACGGGCACAAGUAUGAGCAAUGGUAGCCUUAGUGGAUAUACCACCGAUGCCACUAACGACAGUGUUGGUGGUAGUAGUGGUAAAAGACUCACUGUAAUUCCCAUUGAUUUGAAAGUCGUUGGAGAUCAACAAUUAGCUCGCUACCUUGCUGAUCAAGAAACACUAUCCCAUUGCGAAAAGGACUGGUGCCCUGCUAGCAGUCGCUAA